UCCUCCUGAUAAGAGAACUCUGCCCUCGUCAACCUUCUCCUUUAAAGGAAAGAAGACGAAGAUACAAAAAUAAAUAAUGGCCACUACUCCGAUUAAACAAGUAUUACCUCAAAGGAUCAAAUCACCUUCUCUCAGCAUGUCUGCUACAAUGCGAACGAGUCAACCUUUUGACUCUUUUUUUUUGUUUGGGUUCAAUUCUUCAGUUUCCUUACAUAUACGCGCGGAGUAUAUAUCUUUAUCUGAGAAAGCAACCGGAGUUUUAUUCCGGAGGUGUUUUUGUUUUCUUGUAAAAGCUCUGAGAUUGAAGUCAUGGACGUUGCACGCCAAGUGUUUGUGUUAUUGUCUGUGCUAGUGGUGUGUUGGGGUUUCGAAAGAUGUGAGGCUUAUGGGAAGUUCGGGUUUGAAGUACACCACAUGUUCUCUGAUAAGGUCAAACAAAGUCUUGGUCUUGACGAUAUAGUGCCGGAAACGGGAAGCUUGGAGUACUUCAAGGUUUUGGCCCACCGUGAUCGUUUGAUCAGGGGUCGAGGUCUUGCCUCCAACAAUGACGAAACCCCGAUCACUUUUGAUAAAGGAAACCUCACGGUUUCAAUCAAGCUUCUGGGAGCCCUGUAUUACGCUAAUAUCUCUGUGGGAACACCACCUUCUUCGUUCCUGGUGGCUCUGGACACAGGCAGCGAUUUGUUUUGGUUGCCUUGUAACUGUGGUACCACUUGCAUCCGCGACUUGGAAGAUGUUGGAGUUCUACAGAGUGUACCACUCAAUCUAUACACUCCCAACGCAUCUACUACGAGUUCUAACAUUCGAUGUAGUGACAAGCGUUGUUUUGGAUCGAGAAAGUGUUCUUCUCCUGCAAGUAUAUGUCCUUAUCAGGUUUCCUACUCUAACAGCACAGCCACCACGGGGACAUUGGUACAGGAUGUAUUGCAUCUGGCCACAGAUGAUGAGGAUUUAAAGCCUGUCAAAGCUAAUGUAACGCUUGGUUGCGGUCAGAAGCAGACAGGUCUGCUCCGGAGAAAUAUUUCUGUGAAUGGUGUUCUUGGGCUUGGUAUUAAAGAUUACUCUGUUCCUAGCCUCCUGGCAAAAGCUAAUAUCACGGCAAACUCCUUCUCAAUGUGUUUCGGGCGUGUCAUUGGCAUUGUCGGAAGAAUCAGUUUUGGAGACAAAGGCUACACAGACCAGGAGGAGACUCCAUUCAUUUCUGUUGCACCAAGUACGGCAUAUGGUGUAAAUGUGACGGGAGUAUCAGUAGGGAGAGAUCCUGUUGACGUUGGCUUUUUUGCAAAAUUCGACACUGGCUCAUCAUUUACACACUUGCUGGAGCCAGCAUAUGGUGACCUUACCAAAGCUUUUGACGAUCUUGUCGACGACAGGCGACGCCCAGUUGAUCCCAAGGUUCCCUUUGAGUUCUGUUACGACUUGAGCCCAAACACCACAAGCAUAAAAUUCCCCUUAGUAGAGAUGACUUUUGUAGGAGGAGGCAAAAUCAUUCUCAAUAAUCCGUUUUUCACGGCACGAACUCAGGAGGGUAAUGUAAUGUACUGCUUGGGUGUUCUGAAGAGCGUAGAUCUCAAAAAUAAUGUCAUUGGACAGAACUUCUUGGCUGGCUACCGCGUUGUAUUCGAUCGGGAGAGGAUGGUUUUGGGUUGGAAGCCGUCUCUAUGUUUUGAAGAUGAAAGCUUGGAAUCAACGACUCCUCCACCACCAGAGAUCGAAACUGUAGCACCAAGUCCAACUGUAUCCGCUCCAUCACCUACUUCUCCUCCUCCUGUUAUUUCUGCUACACCACCCCCAUUCGACCCUCGCAACUCCACAGGCGGUGCAGCCAGUCUCAUCCCUCUCACAUCUCAACUCCUACUUCUCUUACCUCUUUUAGCCUUCCUCUGAAUCACAGAAGUCAUUUGUUUUGUGUUGGCUUGACCAUUGUAUGUUCAUUCAUUUCAAUAAUAAUCUUCGUUUGAUGUGCACAAAACAAUAUUUCAUUGGUUUGAGAGUGGUAAUCUUAUCUCCCUGUUACAUAUGUAUGGUUUUGUUA